CUAAGCAGAACAAGACUCAAGAGGAAAAUUUUGAGAGAGAUGUACAGGUGCCUAAGGAACAGGAGGAUGAGGUCUCAAGUGUACAGGAGGAAGAGAAACCACUCCAGGAAAGAGAAAAUGAAGACGCAGUGCAAGGAAGUUCUUUUGGUUUGGAGGAAACAGCAGUGGAAAGCAGAACCCUGAGAAAAAGACUGACUGUUGAAAUAGCUGCUCCAAGAAAAUCAAAACGUCUUCGCAAACGAGAGCAUGAUGACGAUAGCGAGCAAGUCAAGGAGGCAGUUAUGGAACAAACUGAGACAGUUGAAGUGACAUUUACAGCAGAUAAUGUAGAGCUGAGCUCAGAUGUACCUGCAGCAGUUUUUGAGGGCAGUCAUUUGGGUGGAGAAAUACAACAGAUAAUACAGAAAGGGACUAAAUCAGAUGGAGAUUGUAAUAUACAUGAAGACACCAAGACAUAUGUAGGUGAAUCUCAAGAGGAGCAGAAAGAGAAAAAAGUAAAUAAACCUCAGACAGAUGAGGAUAACGAAGAGGUUAUGGAGCAAAAUAGCAAGAAAGUAGAAGAGACGGGUGAAAUGGAGGAAGUGAUAGAGCAACAUGUGGAGACAGAAAAGCAAAAGCUUGAGUCCAGUACAAAUGAGGGCUUCACUUUAGCGUUGGAAGUAGAGGAAACAUCUGAUCAAGAAGAAAAUAAAGCAGAUGAGGAGAGCAGAGUGGCCAUGGAGGCCACAAAAGACAUAUUCACAUCUGCAGAAAAAUCUGAUGAAGGUGAAGAAAAUAUCUCUGAUGAGGAUGAGAAAGGUCUUGACAUUGAAAAGCAUGUUCUUCAGAGUAGCUCAAGUACAUCUUCAAGCAGACGAAGAUCAAUGAGACUGCAAAUGCAUGAACCUAAAAAGAACACUAAAGAAGAUGAAUCAGAUUCAGAGGAGUCAGAAGUACAACAAACAGCGAAACAGAGACAUCAGAGAAAAAGAAAAGCCAUAACUGACUUGACACCUGCACGCAGAUCAAAAAGCUAUGUUAGGGGAAAAAUUGUUUAGCAGAUUUGUGGCUCUUGUAUUAGUACAAGCCUGCUAUGCAUUGCUUAAGGGACCUACCAAUUAUAUACAUAAUGUGAAGUUUUCUAUUACAUUUUCAUAUGCAAAAUAAUGCAAAUUAUUUUAAACAACUAUAUUUUGUAUUUCUUUCGGAAGUAUUGGGGAUUUUAUAAAAUACUUGUUUCUUGAAAUUAUGAUUUAUUGGUAAAUUAAGCAUGAUAAGUAUAACAUUUUAGUUGGUAAAUGUCUAACUACAAUAUAUUUAGGUUAGACGGUUAUUGUUUCUUUUUACAUUUUUAUUCUAUAUUGUGCUUUGCAAUUUCAUUAUAGAGGUAGUUUUUAUUGUAGCACUAUUUUUUAUAUAUUCUAUAGUAAUUUUUAUUUUAAAUCCAGAAAAUUCAACUAAAUGAAUUCACAUGCAACAAUUCACUACAUUCAGUUCUGGAUAGGAUGCUAAAUUAAAUAUUGUUCCUCAUUUUCAGAGUCAACGGGCAAGUGUUUUGUGUGAAUUUUUUUCCAAUGUGCAGUAUGUGCUUCCAUUACAUAUAGUGUACCUUUCAAAGGUGGAUUUGUGACAAGUUUUGUGACUGCAGUGUCCCAAAUUAUAGAGAAUCUGCCACAACUGCUCUUGUUUUAUUGCCAAGGAAAUUAUAUUAGUCUUUUGUGAAUCUCAAAGCAAUAUAUUUUGUAACUGGAUCCAUUUGAUCAUUUUCAUAGCAAAUGGUCGCGAAUGUGUAAUGCUAUAGGUUUGUUGAAGGUUGUUUAUUUAGCACUCCAUUCUGUUAGCAGAGCAGUUUAUGUAGCUUAACAUUUUACUUUUCACAUCAAUAUUAAAAUGCAAAAAGAAUGACUUUUUUCUUUUAUCUCUGUGAUUGCCCUGUGAAAACAUUUCCCUGAACUGUGAUUUGUCAGCUAACUUUUCUUAAAUGUUUAAAUAAAUUCAUAAAUUAAAAAUAAA